CGACGUCAGCGUCGUAGAGCGGUCGAUUCGUGAGUUUUAUUAGAAUCUAAUAUUUUCGUAGUAAAGUUUUGACAUCUUAAAUUAUAAUUUGUGUUUUUAUUAUUAUCAAAAUCGUGCAUUUGUGCAUUACUCUGUGGAAUCUGGAUUGUGUGAAGUCACCUUUAGGAUUUUAAUGACGUACCCCCCACAUUGUGUGAGCAGCAUGCCGACACAGAUCCGUUGCGAGCGCGUGCCCCCCGCAGACGGCAGCUGGGGAGCCCUCGACCUCAGACUACUGCAGGAAGACGACUUACCUUUGGAUCCCCGCACAUGGGGCCGGGCGGAGGUCGGGGCGUGGGUAUCCGCUCGCGGCGGUUUACCCGAACGCUUCCCCAUGAACGGUAAGGCGCUCUGCCUUAUGUCGCGCGACAUGUUCGCCACCAGAGUACCUCGCACCGGACAUCAGUUACAUCAGGAAUUUAGAAGAAGAUUAGCCAAAGCAUUAGCUCUACAAGAAUUCAUUGAAAAGAUGUCAGCUAAAUGAAAUACUACAAAUAAAUCCUUAUUGUUAGCAGAGUUAAAGUAUGAAUAGAAAAGAAUGCAUAA